GUGGGUGGCACUGCUGGACACUGGAGCAACAUCAACCAAAAUACCUUGUGACCCCAAUAGACAACUAAAUAGGGCAAACAGGGAUGGACUGACAACUCAUGGGGCCCCCGGGCAAUAGGGGAUCAUGGGGCCCCCGUGUCCUUGCCCACACUCAAAAAAGCCUAUAAAAAAAGGUACCAGGGGCAUUUCAUGUGGCCCCCUACUGACCCCGGGCCCUCGGGCCGUGCCUGAGAGCUCUAAUGGUCAGUCUGCCCCUGAGGGCAAACAAUGUAGCUCAGGAAAACACUCACACUGGCUUGCUAAGGGGGGCACU